CGACGUAGCGGGGUCACGAAGCAGGGACCAGGCGCUCUCACACGGCAGCGACUAAUCGGGGUUCAGCGUCUGCAGCCGCAGGAGAGCGUUCGACUGCUGGCCCGACCUGGAGGAGUCCGCUGAAGAAAAAUGUGCUUCUUAAAUCAAUCCCAGCUUCUCCUUUAUACGAAGAACUCUUAAGGAUGCUCGCAGAAAAGAAGCAAAUGAAACCGAAAGCUCCCCUGCAGCUCAGAAAAACAAAGACACAGUGUUUUGAGGAGUGAAGGUGGCAUGGUGUCAGCCAUGGGUGAUCCAGACACAGCCAGAUAAUGUUCAUCAGUUUCUUUAAACUACGGCUUUUCUGCUGUCUGCUUGCAGUGUUGAUGGUGGUGGUGCUUGUCAUCAAUGUCACUCAGGUAGAGGUUUUGGUUCAUCAUUAUCACAGUCCUGCAUUAGUAUAUGGUGUUCAGUUUGUUACCCAUGUUUUGAAGUGGUUUUGCUCUACCGCUGUCUAAUUCUGUGGUCUGUGUGCUCAUGCUCCAUGGGGCAACAGCCCCACAGGAUUCCAGCCUGUGCCUUCUGGAGGAGGGAAGGGCAUCUCCAGCCGGAAGACAGGAAGAUGGGAUGCAGUUGCUGUACAUUCCCUGGCCCCUGCUGGACACUGAAGCAGCUGUGGAUUGCCCUGGAACCUCUUUCUUCAGCCACCUCCUUGAAUGGAAGUACUUGGACCGUGAGACUGUCUCAGCCACAUUCAUCGACAGCAGUGGACAGUCCGUCUUGUCUCAGGUGGUAGGAACUAGCCGGAACCCUUACUGCGGCUAUGAACACCAGACUCUGUCCAGCCAGGAGCGCGUGGAGGAGGACUCCUUACUGACUGCCUUACAGUGGCAGAUGCCUGACGUGGGCCCUGUCCCAUUUUUGCAGAGCAGUGACCCUUCUUCCAGCUACUUUGUCAUCUUGAACUCUGCGGCCUUCUUCAAGGUGGGAAGCCAGCUAGAGGUGUUGGUUCAUAUACAGAAUUUUCAAAGAAAGCCCAAGAAGUAUGGUGGAGACUACCUGCAGGCCCGGAUUCACUCCCCUAAGCUGCAGGCAGGGGCUGUUGGCAGAGUGGUAGACUACCAGAAUGGGUUUUACAAGGUCUUUUUUACUUUGCUCUGGCCAGGCAGAGUUCAAGUGUCUGUAUCUCUGGUCCACCCCAGCGAAGGGAUCAGAGUUCUUCAGCACCUACAGGAAGAAAAACCAGACAGGGUUUAUUUCAAGAGUCUCUUUCGUUCGGGAAGAAUUUCUGAAACUACUGAGUGCAACGUGUGUCUUCCUAGGAAUCUGCCCCUGUGUAAUUUCACAGAUCUGUACACUGGAGAACCCUGGUUCUGCUUCAAACCAAAGAAGCUCCCUUGCAGCAGCAGAAUUAACCAUUUCAAAGGUGGAUACCUGAAGGGCCUCCUAACUGCCGCAGAGAGUGCUUUCUUCCAGAGUGGUGUCAAUAUCAAAAUGCCCAUCAACUCCAGUGGACCUGAUUGGGUGACUGUAAUCCCCAGGACAAUAAAAGAAACUAACAAACUAGAACUAUAUCAAGGCGCAGGAACUUUUCCUUCCGGGUAUUAUUACAAAGAUCAGUGGAGGCCUAGAAACUUUAAGAUUCGCCAAUUUAAUGACCCUGACAGCAUUACAGAAUGCUUACAAAGAAAAGUGGUAUAUUUAUUUGGUGACUCAACAAUCAGGCAAUGGUUUGAAUACCUAACUACAUUUGUUCCAGAUUUAGUGGAGUUUAACUUGGGUAGUCCCAGGAAUGUGGGUCCCUUCCUUGCGGUGGACCAGAAGCACAGCAUCCUGCUCAAGUACCGCUGCCAUGGUCCCCCCAUCCGCUUCACCACCGUCUUCAGUAGUGAGCUCCGUUAUGUGGCCAAUGAGCUGAAUGGUAUCGUGGGAGGGAAGAACACCGUGGUGGCCAUAGCCAUAUGGUCUCAUUUCAGCACCUUCCCCUUGGAAGUGUAUAUCCGGCGGCUCAGGAACAUCCGUCGAGCAGUGGUCCAGCUCUUGGAUCGAAGCCCUAAGACCGUGGUAGUUAUCAGGACAGCCAAUGCCCAAGAGCUGGGGCCUGAGGGAAAGAACAAGGUUGGCUGGCAGCGGAGUGUUUGCAGCUCAUCUGCAUGAAGAGCACAGAUGGUCCACCUUCAGCAGGCGAACUAACGAGACUUGCGUCCAGUGGCUCCUAUAACACACUGAAGACUGCCAUAUCUCAGAGCUUCUCUUGAUUAUCCACUUUUUCCGAAUUACUUGAAAAGACCAGUGUCCUUGCUCAGAACUUCUAGUGAGAAUAUUUACAAUGUACUUCUUUUAUCUAGAAAAAAAGCAGAUGUGAGCUAUGAAAACAGUAUGUAUAAAAUCUUUGUGUUCAGUCGAUACUUGCAUUGGGUGAUUGUUAUUUAAUUCAGCUAAAUUUUACAUUAUGAAUACUUAUUCUAAUAUAACCACUUUUGGAACUGGAAGGGUAAAACCUAUAAACAGAAAUUUAUUUUUGUGUUCCAAAGUUUGAAGGUUUUAAGAAUUGACUUUUAUGUAAAGAGUGAAUUGUGUAUUAUAAAGUUGUAAAAAUUAUUUCCAUCUAUUUCGAGUGUUUCUUUCUUGGUUGUUAUUUUUGUUAACAUGAAACAGCACCAGAUGUUAGAUCUCGGUCCUUGAAUUGGGCUAAGAAAAGAAUUCAGAGCCAGGAGCUCAAAUACAAGCGAAAAUUUACUUAGAAAGUAACAGGAAUAGAAGAAGUGAGUCAUGGAAGAAGUGAACCAGCUGGGCAAAAGAGAGGCCCUUGAAGCUUCGGAGAAAGAAAGGCAAAGAAACUGUGCCCGGAGGAAGGAGAGAGGGAAAGACUUAUGCAUGCUCCUGAGAGAGCAGGCCUGGGAAAGAAGGGGGUGGGGAGAGGUAUGGGCAUGAGAGAGAGAGAGACAGACAGAGACAGAGAGAGAGACAGAGAGAGAGACAGAGAUCCCUGCUCCAGUGUGAGAGAUUUAUCAGGAGGUCCCAGGAGAGGAUCUCAAUAGAAUAUUCAUCAGCUUUUC